CGCGCGGCUCUAGAGACGCAGUGAUCAGAGAUCAGAGCGCUAUGCACAGCUUCAUUGUCUGAGGGAAUCCAGCCAGAGCUGGCACCGUUGCUGAAAAAUGAUCGUGCUGCUCGGUCUGCUUUGUAUUCUCUGGGGAGAACAGGGUCGGUGUCUGGAGGAGGAUGGAGGAGGUUUCGCCUUCGAUGGAGACAUCCGCCACUAUUCAGUGGCCAACAACACGGUUUAUAUCGCCACAGAGGAGAAGCUGUACCAGCUGAGCCACGACCUGACUCUGAUCCACAGUCUGACCCUGAGAGGAAUCUUGAAGCUCGGUAAAGAUUCGGCGGACGAUAAGUUUGACCGGGUCUCUGAGAAGACUUUCUGGAACGCAACUUUCAGCAUCAACUUAUUAUUACCCUUUGUUGAGAAUGGCGCUCAGAUCAUGUGCGGUGUGACUGACAAUGAGUGUGGUUACUGCGAGGUUCUGGACCUGAAGAACAUCUCUAACAUUUUGUACAAAGAACCCAUCCAGGUGGGACCACUGAGAUGGAACAGCUCGUUCGUAGGUAUUCUGGUGGAUGUCAAGAAGAAUCCAUCUCAGACAGAGACUUAUAUUCUGACCGCGAUGCAGCCCGAAAAGACCAAGUGCUCCACUGAUGCUGAGACCAUCAACCUUCAAAAUGCGGAUCACAAAGACCAGACAAGUAUAUUUUCUGUAACUGAUGGAUCAUCAGGCACACCUACGAUCAAAAAUAAAGGCGAUGUGGAGUUUGUGGACGGAUUUCAGAUCAGUUCCAUCCUCUAUCUGCUCUCCAACGUAAGAAGUGACGCUAACAUCAACAAAGUCCGUCUCAUUUGGCUUGAAGGCGAAACAAGUAAAACCCAAACUCUCAAGUCUCUACGGGGCGCGACUCUCAGUGUCUCUGACGGUGAAGGCAGCAGACUUCUGGCCUCCUCGGUCAUCCCAGGUGGACAGACGGUUCUUUGGAGCGGAGUGUUCAGUGUGGACGGAGAACAAAUCAACACUGAACUGGUGGUGUUUGACAUCAGUCCUGAUCUCAGUUUAGACAAAGAUAAGGAUCCAGACUUCUACUACGUGGAUAGUCCCAACAAGAACCAGCCUAAGACUCUUAAACCAGAGGCAGUUCUCUUCAGGCAGCCCUACAUGACCUCUGUGCUGGCAGUGAGGCAGAAGACAUGGAUGGUUUUCUUCAUUGGUACAGGAGAUGGACAGCUCAUUAAGCUUGCUGUGGACAGGAACUAUCACCCUGCUUGUCCCACGGUGCUCUACUGGGCCAAUGACGACUGCCAAGUGUUUCCCAAAACGCAACUGGAUCAAGUGGAACAGAAGCAUGUCUAUGUGCCAUUUAGAAACCAGCUGCUGGUGAUUCUCCCAACACCACUUCACAAAGCGGUCGACCAGGUCCCUGUACUCAGCCUCUCUCCCCCUCUCAACACACCAAACAAUGGCCGUGUCAUCACAGAAUUUCUGCAGAUGACACGACUCAGUGCAAUACUGAAAGUCAGCAGUAUAGUCAUCAACCCAAGUGACGAGGGGAGCACCAAGCUGCAUGUUCUCCAGUUUGGCCUUCAGCAGUCUGGGCUGGAUGGGUCGACGGUUGUGCUGGUGCACAACGCUAAAUGCAACAGGCCAUCAGACAGGGUCGACUGCAAAAGGUGCACAUUUGAAGACGACUGCCAAGAUUCUGACUGGUUAUCUAUUCCUGAUGAUUCCACAGAGAACAUUAUUUCCCACAAGCUUCUAAAGAACCCCAGCGGAGAGAUCACACUAAAGAUCCAGACCCACCUGACUGUGAAAUGGACAGAGGAUAACUUUACCUGUGAAAUCUUUCCAUCAUCUAGAGAACGUUAUCCACAAAAUAGUCGUCCUCUGUUCCCACAAUGCAACUGCAACCUAUCCCAUGGCUCAAUUCCUGCUGACGGCCUGGAUGUCACUGUAAUGAUGAGCCUUGGGAAGACAAACCUUUCAGAGCGUCUGAAGCUAACCAACUGCUCUGACAUUAGUGGACCUCCAACUUCUGUCUUGUGUCAGCAGUGUAUCAAUGCUGGAUGUGGAUGGAACAUAAAUGGAUGUUCAUGGUCUAAUGAAGGAGUGGAUAAUGACAGUGUUUGUCAAAAGUUGGAGCCUGGGAUGAACUUUUCUAAGCCAGAAAUCUCCUCCAUCUCUCCCAGUGUUGUGUGUUUCUACGGUAGAAACCAUGCCUUCUUGUCAGGUCAGAACCUCAUUAAUGUGACCAGAGUGAGGAUCCAGACAGACCUGGACUGUUCUCCACAAGAAUCUCCUGUAUGGAACAAGACUGAUGUGAGUCUGACGUUCCACAUUCCCACUACAGAAAAGAAAGGUUUUGUCAAAGCAUGCGUUCUACUGCCUGAUGGCAGUUGCCACGGCAAAGCUAAAAUCACCUAUAGAUCAACACCAUCCUGCACCGACAUUGUACCAAGCAGCACCUGGGCCAGUGGGAAGAGGAAGGUCACACUCAUGGGGUUCCACUUGGAGUUUGUGGAAGGAAUCACACACAUCCAUGGCCAGACGGAAGUCCAACUUCCCACAACCAGCAGCAGUCAGGUGGGCCAGAAACUCUCCUACGACACACCUGCAGCUUUAAGGCCUCAGACGACUUCGAGCAGCACUGUGUAUUUGAAAGUAGCCAAUCAAUCCUUGGCCUGUUCCGCAAAAAUAACCUACUAUCCAGACCCUGUGUUCACCACCUUCUCAUCUAUGAGGACAAGGGAUGGGUCUCGCAUCAUUCUACAGAAAAAGGCAGAUAAACUAGAGAUGACAGCAGCAGAGUUGUUAGUGUGGGGUAUUGAAGACGGAAAGAAAUAUCCUUGCAUCAUGAAAGAGAAAGAAGCUGACAACCAGACUGACUUUUUCACCUGUGACAUACAAAGCACAUCCAGCUUUACAUUUCAGCACAUAGAGAUAAAGUAUGGUGGCCAGACAGUGCUGCUAGGUCCUCUGCCUUUAGUUCAUCAGGUCCUUCUGAUAGUGCGUUUGAUGGUGAUACUUUGUGUCACAGGUGUGUUAGUGUUUAUCUGUUGCUGGCAAAGGAGACGCACCGCUCAGAUAAACGAGCUCUGACCACAGAUGCCUAGCUCUCCGGCCGUUCUCACAGGGAACAAGUUCAGGCCAUUGAAACUUUCUGAUACUACAGGCUAUACAGGUAGUACAUAUGAAGUCAUUGUAUUUUAGGUGGAAUAUUACUAUUAAGAGACCAUUUGAAGUAGUUAUUACACUGUACUUAUUCUAAGUGUUGCCUUAUUUUUUAUAUAAUUUUUAUGUUCUUUUUACCAAGUGUGUACUUCUAUAUGCUUUUUAAUGCCUAAACUGAAAUAAAUGCUUAUCCUAUUACUAUCUUGUAAUUAUUAAAUACUUUUAAUUGAG